AUGAAUUCAAACUUCUUAGUACUCAUUCAUAAAAUUCAAGGAGCAAAAAAGGCUGCACACUUUAGACCAAUUGGUCUUAGUGACUUCUGUUUUAAAGUGUUUACCAAAAUUAUAACUUCAAGAUUUAGUGCUCUGCUUCCCAAACGGGUUUCUCCUCAAAAAGUGGUUUUCAUUAAAGACAGAUGUAUUCAUGAAAAUAUUGUGCUUGCUUCUGAAUUAGUUAAUGAGAUGAAAAUUAAAAGGAGGGGGGAAGUUGGUUUGAAACUUGAUAUUACACAAGCAUAUGAUACACUGAGUUGGGAAUUUCUUUUAGAAGUACUAAGAAGAUUUGGUUUCUCUAGUUGGUUCUGUGAUUGGAUUUUAAAGUUGCUUGAUUCUGCAAGAAUAUCAAUUUUAUUAAAUGGUGGUCCUAUUGGAUUUUUUGAUACUGGAAGAGGUUUGAAGCAAGGAGAUCCUCUCUCUCCAGUUUUUUUUGUAAUUGCAGAGGAUGUUCUUAGUAGAAAGAUUUUUACAGUUGUGCAUAUGGGUCAUAUACAAGCUACGGUAAACAGAGGUGGAAUUCAACCUUCUCACCUGUUUUUCGCAGAUGAUAUAAUCAUUUUCUGUAAUGGAACAAGGAAGAAUCUGCUCAAUUUAAUGAAAUUACUUUUGGGUUAUCAACAAUCUUCUGGCCAAGUUAUUAGUAGAGACAAGAGUAAGUGUUUUGUGGAUGUUGUGGUGGAAACUAGAAAAAGAAGUAUAGCUGAUACACUUUAUAUGGAACUGGAAAAUUUUCCGGAUAAAUAUCUGGGAAUUAUGUUAAUGCCUGGUAUAGUUAAAAGAGUGCAUGUUAAACCAUUUAUUGAGUUACUGCAGAGCAGACAUGCUUCUUGGAUAGAAUCAAGGAAAUGUAUUACUUUGAAAUGGGAGGAAGUUUGUAUUCCAGAAGAAGAAGGAGGUUUGGGAAUUCGCAUUCUGGAAGUAAUCAACAAAGCAAUGCUAAUGAAGCUUCUUUGGAAGAUCUUGAAUGAGAAUGGAGAAUGGGCUAAAUUUUUUAGAGCUAAAUUUAUGACUGCUCAGGGUAUAUGGAUAAAUCAUUAUAAACAAUCCUCUAUUAUGCCUGGAAUUAAAUGUAUAAAACAAGAAACUGAAGAAGACAGUAGAUGGAUUGUUGGUGAUGGGAAUCAGAUAUCUAUUUGGUUUGAUCAAUGGAUUGGUGAAGAUGAACUUCAGCCAUUUAUUUCUUUAGAAAUGUUACCAGUUAUUUCCCAGGGUGAAGACAAAAGAAUUUGGUGUGGAAAUCAGACAGGAAAAUUUAAAGUAGCUGAUGCAUAUAAUAAAGUUAGAUUUAAAAAACACGCUCAUCCUUGUUUUACGAAAAUUUGGGCUCCAUGGAUUCUACCAGAUAUUGCAAGUAAUGUGUGGAAGUUAAGGAGAGGCAUAUGUGCUACAGAUGAAAAUAUGAAUAAGAAGGGUUUCGGUUUGGCUUCUAGAUGUUUCUUAUGUAAGCAAGCACGGGACAGUGUUGGACAUAUCCUUUGGUAUUGUAAUUUUGGGCAGACAUUGUGGAAAUGGUUGGGAGGAAUCUCCUCUUUCCUGAAUCUUGUAUCAUUUGAUAACAUAUUUUCCUUUGGUGCAAGAAGAAUUCCAAUUGUACAACAAUUAUGGAGAAUGUCAAUAUUUACAUUGAUGGUGGAAAUCAGGUUUGCUAGAAAUAGAGCUGCUUAUGAUGGGAUAAAUCCUUCAGUAGAGCAAGUGAAGAGAAAAGUCUUGCAUCUCACUUAUGAAUACAGUAUCAGGAUGAAUGGUAACAUGUGGAAUCAUAUGUAUAACUUGAUGAUUCUAAAAAUCUUUGGCCUCAGUUGCAGACCUGUGAAACAAAUGAAGGUGGUGGAAUGCUUUUUUCAUUUACCAAUUCCGGGAUGUCUUCUUAUAUGCUGUGAUGGAGCUUCUCGUGGUAAUCCAAGUAUUUCUGGUUAUGGAUUUAUAUGUAGAACUGAAUCAGGGGAAGUUUUAUGUGCUGAAGCUGGUGGUCUAGGAAUUGCUACAAAUUUCAUUGAUGAAGUUCUUGCAAUUAUCAAAUCUAUUGAAUGGGCAGUAAAGAAUGGUUGGUUCCAUAUAUUGAUACAGUCUAAUUCUCAAUCUACAAUUAGAGCUUUUCAAUUAGGAAAUCUCCCUUGGAUUGUUCUAGCUCGUUGGUACAGGUUAAAAACUUUGAUCAUCUCACUCCAGUUCAGAAAUGGAUUUAGAGAAAUUAAUUUUUCGGCGGACUCUCUGGCUAAAAAAGGUUGUAUGAUGUGUCUUGGUCAAAGUAUCAGAUAUCUUAUGUGUCCACCUUUCCUCUCCAGACUGUAA